AUGUCACUGGAUGUAACAGAAAACAUUGUUGGGGAUGGAUUUCAAUUGAUCACCAGCUAACAAGAUCAAACCAGCAUUGCAUAGCCCCUCCAGUCUGUAUUAGCCAUCACUGUGUGGAAAUGUGGAUCAAUGGAGUGGUAUCAGUCUGAUUGCCAUGACUGCACGUUCUUUACAUCCUUCAGCUGAUGAUAAGCCCUCAAGACCAUCUCCUCUGGUGGGCUGAAGGAGCCCCAAUCUGACCCAGCACUGCUUUACAAGAGAACAGCUACCACCGGUGACCUGCAUGAUAGUCUAAGCAUCACAGAAAGUUUGAGGUACUUGAAAAAAACACCUCCUGUCUCGUCAGUUUUUCAGGCUGCUACUCUAUCAAUUCCCCAUACUUUACACUACAUCUCUUUGUGCUCAGAUUGACCCAGCACAACCUCACCAAUAAGUCAGGGCAAUGUAUGAUGAUUUCCCCUUGCACCAAGAACAAGAUGAUUAAUCUACAAGCAACGAAGGUUCAGUUUACAUCUGCAUCGGAGGCUUCGUUCGAGGUCUGCAUUGCAGAUUCCAUCAAAAAUAUAAGACAAAAUACUAACACUAUAGUCAAUGGUUUCCAUCUGGCACCGUUAGUUUCAGUUAUGGGCCUAAACCGGUUGUUCUGUUCUUUUUGUUUUUCUGCUCUGUUAUAGGAGAAUCAAUAGCAGCAAUGUGAAUGCAGCCUAAGAAAAACUGUGAGAAAAAGAAGAUUAUCUGUGACUGACACACAGGGUAAAUCAGCACUUCUAGAAAAAGUAAUGGCUGCCUUUCUACCGCGUGCAGCUAGAGGGCGCUGCAGGGAGCAGAAUGUCCUGUAAGCAGCCAUUUCACAAUGCAUUACCAGCUCAGGAUUCUGCAUCUCUCCCUUCCUGUUUUGAGAGCAGUGUAUUGUGAAAGCCUACUGAGUGACUGGCAGGGGAAAAAUCCAGACUUUGGUUCCAUUUUUCUACCCUGAUCCUGGAAGCAUUCUGUGCCUGAGCCUGAUACAGCUUGCAGAAGAAGGGAGCCUUGCAAUUUUGGGGGGGUCUACCCCCCAUUUGACAUUUCAUUGCUCAUGGCUGAGACUAAAAUCAUCUACCACAUAGAUGAAGAAGAAACCCCUUAUCUGGUGAAACUGCCUGUGUCUCCUGAAAAAGUCACCUUAGCAGAUUUUAAAAAUGUCCUCAGCAACAGACCUGUGCACAAUUACAAAUUCUUCUUCAAAUCCAUGGACCAGGAUUUUGGGGUGGUCAAAGAAGAGAUUUCAGAUGACAACGCUAAGCUGCCGUGUUUUAAUGGAAGAGUGGUGUCCUGGCUGGUUUUGGCAGAAAGCUCACACUCAGAUGGAGGCUCCCAAAGUACGGAAAGCCGGACAGACCUUCCUCCUCCGAUUGAGAGAACAGGUGGAAUUGGAGACUCGCGCCCACCAUCAUUUCACCCUAAUGCAGGCAGCAGUCGGGAUGGACUAGACAAUGAGACGGGAACAGAUUCUGUUGUAAGCCACAGGAGAGAACGUCACCGGCGGAAGAAUAGAGAAGCACAUGAUGACGUUCCAAGAAUCAAUGGGCACCCCAAAGUGGAGCGCAUGCGGGAGACUGGAGGAUAUGACAGCACGUCCACCGUGAUGAGCAGUGAGCUGGAGUCCAGCAGUUUUGUUGACUCUGAUGAAGACAACACUAGCAGGUUAAGCAGCACCACGGAACAGAGCACAUCCUCAAGACUUAUACGAAAGCACAAACGAAGGCGACGGAAGCAGAAGAUGAGGCAAGUCGAUAGGUCGUCCUCAUUCAGCAGUAUCACAGACUCAACCAUGUCCCUAAAUAUUAUCACAGUCACACUGAAUAUGGAAAAAUACAACUUCCUGGGGAUCAGUAUUGUAGGCCAGAGCAAUGACCGUGGGGAUGGGGGAAUCUAUAUAGGAUCCAUUAUGAAAGGUGGCGCUGUAGCUGCAGAUGGACGAAUUGAGCCUGGAGAUAUGCUUCUACAGGUUAAUGAUGUCAAUUUUGAGAACAUGAGCAAUGAUGAUGCAGUUAGAGUUUUAAGAGAAAUUGUAUCCAAACCAGGACCAAUUAGCCUCACUGUAGCCAAAUGUUGGGAUCCUACACCAAGGAGCUACUUCACCAUUCCAAGAGGUAAGCAGUAUAUGUCCUCCAAUGUUUUAUUUCUUCGGAGGUGAUGUUAAGAGCCUAAUC